AUGCGCAAACACAAGCUAUCCAGCGAGAUCAUGGCUCUCCGCCGGCAGGAAGCUGAUGAGUGGCUGCUUACGCAGUUGACUCGAGAGGUGGAUCCGGCCGGUACUCCGGAUGAUAAGAAGGCUUAUGGACUUGGCUUGGAUCGCAAAGAGCUGGUCAUCAAGAAAGUUAAAUCUUCUGUACCCGGAGCGAGUACCUGGGAAAGGGUGGACUUGGUACAAACCCUUCUGGACCACCCCGACCCGGCUGCAUUCGAGAAGAAAUUGAGCAAUGCUGGCAUCAAGGACGGCAUUCAAGGCCUCGUGAAAUAG